AUAAAAACGCGCUCGUACUCCGUGACUCCCGUUCAGUUCACCGAUCAGUCACCUGGAAUAAACAGCACGCACGGUUUAAUUCGGAUUAACGAUGCGGUCCCGGUCGUUCCUCGUGCCCUUCUUUGCGCCUCUGUUGCUGUUGGUGUCGGUUCAGCGCGCGCACGCCGGCGGUGAGUACUGCCACGGAUGGAGCGACGCGUCCGGCGCGCGGCACCGAGGAUUCCGCUGUCCAGAGCGCUACGACGGCGAGGGCGCGCGCUACUGCUGUGGCUCGUGCUCGCUGCGUUACUGCUGCGCCGCUCCGGACGCGCGCCUCGAUCAGAGCACGUGCCCUGCCGAGCUGGACUUCCACAACCAAGGAGCACGAGACGUUCCACCGAGCCUUCCGACUUAUCUGCCCUUUGUGAUCGUAGUGAGCGCCUUCCUGUCCUUUGUUCUGCUCGGGUCGCUGAUCUCCGUCUGCUGCUGUCACUGUGUGAAGCCGAAGCCCAGCGACCGGCCCAGUCCCACACAGACCAGUUUGUUGGAAUCAGGAGGCCCGUCACCUAAAAGCUCCACCCCUUCGUGUAUGUCCAACUCUGGACUCCACCCGCCUCGCCCGAGUCCGGCAGAACUCAGCGUGUACAGUGCAUUUCCACCAGCAUUUGUUCCUCCACUUCACCAGGGGGCACCACAGUUUUACCCAAAUUAUCCCAACUAUUCACUGCCCCCGGAGCACACCAUGCUGAUCGCACCGGCGUUCCUGGACACGCACGGACAUGGACACGGUCCGCCCUUCCAUCAGGACCCUGUCUACCCCAAUGUUACUGUCUGAUGAUGUCACAGGACCAAAAACUAUAAACAAGUAGAAACAUGAAAAGCAGCAUGGUGAUGAAGAUCACAGCCGUUACCUUCCCAUCACAGGGGACUAAAGACAGUUUUUAAAUAAAAACCUAUGUUUAUUUAGCUGAUAUUAACAGUGAAGAUCACAAACAUGUAUGAACAUGGCUCAGAAAUCCUGUCACAUUAGCCUGCUAGCUAGCACUAACUGUAAAAGUUUUAAUGUGCCUCAAACACUCUCUCAGAAAUCCUGUCACAUUAGCCAGAUGUCUUCAGUCCAUUGAAAGUCUCCGUUGUCACAUUCAUUGGUAUGAGUUUAAAUCCUGAAAUCUUGUAGUUAGCAUUCUUAUAUUAGCUAGCUAGCAUUAGCAGUAAUGUUUGCGUAGCAUGCUAAUCUGUGUCCUUCUCCAUCGUGUCUUUAAAUUUGCUUCUUAUAGGAGUGUUUUUCUGCUUUAAACAUUUUUGUAAAAUGUUUUUUUUAAUAAACUCACAGAUUAUAGAGUUUGUUAUUUAAAAAAAAAACAGAGAAACAAUAAAGACUUAUAUUUAAAUACCUG